AUGGUAUCCAAGUACCGUAAAGCGCUUCGCCGGCAGGAAGCGCGCGGGACGACUUAUAAACUCGUCCACCGCUCCUACGAAGAUCAACUCAACGGCGAGUCCGAUGGGAGGGGAAUGGUGUGGGUCAAUGAGGCAGACCUACGCCGCAACCACACAACCAGGCGAAAAGGCAAGGACCGGGAGGACCAUUACGAUUAUAAGGAGGAGGGGGAGAAUUGGGAAGAUCACGACAUGGUGGAUUGGGACGACGAGGACGAAUUAGAGCUUCUUGAUUUCCCCCCCACCAUCACCACCUCGCAACCUCCUAACCUACCUGGGGAGAAUUCGAUCCUUCAUGGGGACGCGGGCUCGGGUCAGCGGCAAAGACUGGAAAACUCCACACCGGACGAAGACGAGGAGGAGGUUGCGGACGACGACAAGCUCUUUGACGAUGAAAUGGAAUGCGAAGUUACCGAUGAUUUUCUCCGCGAACUGGUCUUCGGUGGGGUAAAUAAUGGAGGGAACGAUGAGGCAGUCGACCAAACGGACAUCUAUGACUUUCCGGGUGCUAUGGAGGGUAGGGGGGAAACCACCGACCCCGACCAUGAAGGGAUGCGAUACGGCAUCCCGCAAGAUGCGUGGCGGCUGCUGACGGAUGAGGAGAAGGCAGGCGUGCAGGCGGCCAAUGCGCGCGGCGUCUCUUUCGGGCGCUCUAAAAUCGUCCCCAACGCGGCGCUUGGCGUUGACGCCAUCACUGCGCAGCCUUAUCCUGUACACGACGUCAUGCAGGGCGCCAUGAAUCGACAAUUCGCGGAAAUGAUGCGGGAAUUCGACGUGGAUGCGCAGAUUAACGACGCCUACACGGACGACCCACGCACGCACGGGGCGCUACACAUGGAUAAAUAUAUGGGUGCACUGAAGGAAUUCAUCGUGGAACGUGCCGGUGUUGAUUAUUCCACUAGCGAGCCCGCAAAAAACAAAGGCCUCAUCCAUCAGCUUGAGCUCUUGGCGUACAGGGCAGGGGUUUUCGAUACCGACUCCCAUGGGGGAGUCUACACGACAACAAUGACCUCAGAAAAGAAAAAGCGAUUCGCUGAGGAGUUUAGGAACGAAACCGAGCGCAUUCGUCUUGAGGCGGCGCUGCGGCAGUCGAGAAAAGCCUUGGCUGAACAGCAGGUAAUAAAGGAACUGCACCCCGAGCAGCAACCCCGUAAGGCUGUGACUUUUGAUAUGGUGGAUGCCGUGAACAAUGGCGAUGUGUCGCCGAAGCCUUCUAGAGCGCCUUCAGAGAAUGAUUUCUGUAGCAAUCUGAAUUUUGAAAAAAAAGAGGAUAAUGCCUUACAUUCCCGAGACAACGCAAUAUCCUUUAAGCCAGAGGAAGAGGAGGAAUUUCGUAUUGCUGUCAUAAAGUUGAGGGAUAAGCAACUGGACUGUGAGAAGGCUGUUAGUGUCUUCUCCAGUUAUCUUCACCAGCCCAACGUGAUCCGUCCAACAACUAAUAAUAGCAAACCAAGGUCAAAAGAUAAGUGUGUAAUCCAAGGUUCUGAGCCAAAAUCCGUCGGUGUGACUUUGGAUUCUGAUACCAAAGCUUCGGGCUUGAAUGGAUUCUCCGAAGGGGCCAAAAAGAGGGAAAAUUCCAAUUCUCGCCAUGAAGAGACCAGGACCUUACACCCUUCAGUGACAACACUAGUUCCUACUAUUCGAUUUAAAGAUGAAACCAAUGAAGAAAAGAAGAUGCGACGACAGGCAGUCAAAAUGGCUCAACGGGAACGACGACAAGAGAAAAGUGCUCUGAGGAAAGCAUAUCAGAUCGUCAGCGAGGUGGAAAAAAAGCGGGCGACCACGUCACUGGCUGCGAAGCGAACGGUCCAUUUCCUGUGA